CAGAAGUAGCGGGUCUAAGGUAAAGGCAUUUUUGCAUGGGGCAUUUACAUGGAAACAAAGUUUCGUAGGCAGCAUAAUUCUGUUGUUACUCCUUGAAAAGUAUGUGCCACAUGCCUGAUUCUGGUUUUGUGUGCAGUCAGGAUGUGGGUGGUGCACCAGCAACCCUAUGCUAUAUAUCACAAGGCAGCUGUCUGUUCCAAGGCAACCUGCUUUUCUUUCCUUAUCUUCCUGGUGACGUUAGUGACCCCACUUGUGCUGGUGUACAGAAGUCAAGGGCUUUGGGUGCGAGAAGUCUACCAGCGAGAGCAGCCAGAUGUACGGUUCAAGCAUGAGGUGCUGCUAACCCUCAAUACCCAAGAAGGUCCACUUGUGUGGUCCACCUUUCCAAGCUUCAAUACCCUUAUGGCUCGCCACCUUCGUGUCUCCUUUCUUCAGUCCCACGAAGAAGACAAGGACCAUGAUGGGAUGCAGGACAAGCUGGAACUAGAAGUGUCAGUGCCAUUGUUCCCAAAGGAGAUGGUGUAUGGUGUAACACUGACACUCACAUUUUACUACGUCUUACAUCAAAAUCAAGUUGUGUUGGAGGGCUUAGCUCACAUGCAGCAUCAAUCUGGAGUACCUCUUGCUGGUAUCUCCACCUGGGGAGACCUCUCUUUAAACCAGCGCCAUCCCUUGCCAUCCACUGGCAUCUAUAACAUCUAUGAUAUUCCUGCUUUUCCCACUUCCAUCUCCUCUGCAGCUGAUUGGAGGCUAGACAGCAUUUUAGCAAAUUACUGGGAGAGGAACAUAACUACAAGGGUGAGCAACAGCUACAGUGUGGAACAGACAGGAGCAGGUGGGGACAUGUUUACCCUUAGGCUGCAUCUUCACUAUCCUGCCCAGCAAAUCUGGAUCAUUCCUAGUCUGGCAUUCCUGCUGAAGAGUGCCUGGAUCCAGUACCUCUCUGUGCUGGUUCUAGUGGCAUAUCUCACCUCCUGCAUUAAACACUGGGUUUUCUCCUCCCGUCUCCUUCCUGCCUGGAUUCGUUAUCCUCAGAAUGCCCAUGAGCCAUUUAAACGAGAUUAGGCGCACACACACACACACACACACACACACACACACACACACACACACACACACACACACACACACACACACACACACACACACACACACACACAAGAUAAAAA